CUGGCCGGGUGGAGAAUGCAGUGGACAGGCUUUUUAUCCUCUUUAUUUUUUUUACCUUAACCUUAUAUCUCCUCAAGAAACGCCAAGCAAGAUAUACAUUUGUUUAACGAUCGACAUGAAAAGGACACUCUGAAACGAGCUGAAUUUCACGGAGACUAUUUCGGUUGUCUUGACAUCGGGAUCUUGUCUUGGAUACCGAGCCCGGUUUAACCGUAUACCGCCAAUGACAAGUUCUCCUCCGCGUUCUAUCAAUAUCACUUAAAGACGAUGUUUUGGGAAUCGAUGAAUUGGACGAAUAUCUUGUUUCCUUACUUCCGAGUUUGAUGGAGCCGGUUUAACCUGCACUUUUCCGACAGCUUUCUCAUUUAAAACAUUUUCACAGAUUUUGGUUGGGACUAGGAGCCUAAAUUAUAAAUCUGGUAAAUCCUACGACAAUGUUCACGAAUAGUUACCUCCCAAGGAUUCCUCGUUGGAAUUUGAAUGACGUCCUUCAUUUGAAUACGCACUAGUCUAUCCUACCAUCUCUGUUUUUACUGAAUUUGAAUGUUUCGAGACUUACUUGAAUGACUUACAUGCAACAUACAAUUCAAUGAAAAUGAAUUGUAUGUUGCAUGGAAGUCAUUCAAGUAAGUUUCGAAAAAUGAACUGAAUUCACCCACCUUUUCAUUUUUCACAGUAAUUCAAGAUGACAUCGGAGGACAGACAAGUGACGUUGAGUGAGCUUCCCAUGGAUAACUGGAUGGCCCAUCUGCCUAGUGCACUGUGGGAUACCCCUCUCUGUUUCAUGGCUAUUCCAGGAAGCCAUAAUGCAAUAACGUACUGUCUGGACAAAAAUGACCGGUCCCCGGUGGACCUCACCCAGCCGGAUAUGCUGCAAAAGCUGGACAAGUAUAUGAAGCCCAUCAUACGACCGUUUGUUUACAAGUGGGCAAUAGCACAGGAGUGUAACGUUAGGGAGCAGUUAGAUUCUGGAGUGAGAUACUGUGACCUGAGGAUAGCACAUCGGCCCAAUGACAGCUCUGAUGAUCUCUACUUUUACCAUGGUGUUUAUACCACUGUUACUGUGGAGACAGUAUUAAAGGAGAUCAGUGAGUGGCUCGAUGUUCAUCCAAAGGAAGUUGUCAUUCUCUCAUUUAGUCACUUCCAGGGCCUCUCUCAGGAACUCCACACACAGCUUGUCUCAACUAUAAAGAGCGUUUUUGAUUCCAAACUGUGCCCCAAAACGGAAUGUGUGACGCUACGGAAUUUAUGGAGCCGGGGUUAUCAAGUUAUCAUUUCAUAUGAGCACAAUGGUGCUAACUGCCACCAUGAGCUCUGGUCCCACAUACCUUAUUGGUGGGCCAACAAGUCCAAAGCUGAAGCCCUGAUUGAGGAAUUUGAACGUAGAAAACAAAACGGACGACCAGGAGGGUUCUUUGUGACCGGCAUCAAUCUUACUGAAGAUCUGAAGUACAUAUGCUCCCAUCCCACAGAGUCGCUGAAGGAUAUGGUGAUGUCUACAUAUCCCACAUUACUUGGCUGGGUCCGGCAGCAGAAGCCUGGCUCUAGAACUGGCUCUCUCAACAUCAUAGCUGGGGACUUUGUGACAGAGAGUAAAUUCGUACCGACUGUUAUUGCACUAAAUGAACAUCUGCUGGACGGGACUACUUGAUUAGUCUUCACAAUGUAUGUAAUGUUCGACGUAUGAUUCUUUUUUAUUCCUGUGAUGGACUUUUUUACUAGUCAAGUAUGACAAAUAUGACUUUGCACUUGUGAUGAUGAAUAAUUGGUGAUUAUGCACUUAUUGAGUAAUGGUGUUUAAUUUUAAGUUACGGGUAGAAUAAUGCAUUGAUUUUAUGACUUGAAUUUGCUGUCUUAUGAAGCUUAUUUAUGCAGUGACCACUGUAUACCUCUGACCUUGCAAUAUUGUAAGCACAUUUUAAGCACCUGGUUCCUGCAGGAUAUUAUUAUAAGGAUCCAGGGUAUCACAACAUUAAAACAUGCAACAGUCAGAAACACAAUGUUACACAGAGGGAUACAAUAACUCAUUUUUACAUUUUUCAAAAGACUAUCAAACACUCA